CAAUGCUAUAAGUUUUAUUUGAUUAUACAGGUAUCUUUACUCACAAGCAUAACAAUCGUCAAAAGUUUCAAAUCUAGUGAAUGAUUCCUUUAGAAUGAAUCAAAUUAAAAAAAAAUGCGAAAUUAAUUUUGCGUGGAUAAAUUUGUUAUGAACGUGUUAUGGUACUAUUAGACUACAACACUAUACAGCUCAACUUAGUACUCAAGUACUCAAUGUAACUCAACCUUAUUUCGUUAAUAUAUGUAUCUUACACACAACAAUUAGUGUCCCGGCUGUGUCAAGUUGAACACAUUGUAUCAAGUGUAAUACUCAAUACUCAACUCUACUCCUGAAAUUAAACCGCGUAAGUUAACCGUUGCAUUAUUUAAUAAUGAAUCAGUCGCACGAUAGUUACUACAACAUAUUUACAUAUGUACUUAUGUACCUACGAAAGGGAUAAGUUCAACUAAUGCAAAAUUACAAAUUUGUAGAAAGUUGACUUAAGCAAUUACUUAAGUUAACUUUAGCAGAACUAAUCUUAACUAAUGAUCAUGGUGUUUUUUCGAGAAGCUGUUAUUCUGUGCUAAAUCCUUGGUAAGCGUCUCGCUCUCGCAGUUGUUUCCUUUUCACAUGCAUAUUGCAUAUUUUAUAAUUUCUUUUCACAAUUUGUCAGGCUACCAUGCAAUUAGCUAAUCUAUAAAUAACUGAACGUCUUGAUUUCCCGUCGAUAGUCUACCUCAGUACGCAUGUAGCAAAAAUGGAGCGCAGGGAACAAAACUUACGUGAUUUAUUGAACAAAGUAGCCGCAGAACAAGGAUUCAAACAAUAUGAACUAAUUAUAAAUGAAAUAUCAAGUGGCGGCGCUAAUUACAACUCACAAUUAUUCACCGUGAUCUUAAGAGAGCAAAAUAAAGAUGAUUUACACCUGUUUGCUAAAAUGGCGAUUUACAGGAAAAAUAUGAAGAGAUAUAGAAAGAAUGUGUUUGGUGUAGAGCAUUAUUUGUACACAAAAAUUUGUGAAACUUUUAAAGUGUUUGAAGAAGAGAAUGAUUUGCCUGAAGAAUACAGGCUGAAGUUAGCUAAGUGUUACGGGUUCUACGAUGGAGAAAACGAGGAGAUAUUGGUCUUGGAUAACUUGUUUGCUCGUGGAUACUCGUCCUUCAAUAGAUUCAAAUCCAUAGACUGGGAGUACGCGUCGGCAGCUUUCACGGCACUGGCGAGGUUUCACGCGCUGUCACUCGGUUACAGUGAAGUAUACCCGGAGAAAUUCAAAAGUAUUUUAGCAGAAAUUCAUAAUGAUCAGUCGAGCCUAAUUGAUACGGAUAAGUUUGUCCGUUCGACAUUAAAAACUGCACUGAAAAAUAUGCAGCCUCAAUACCAGAAAUCACUGGCGAACUAUAUAAACUCAUUUUUGGGCCAAAAGGUUAUAUUAAUGCAGCCACCAACAUUUCGGCCCGUGAUCGCGCACGGAGAUUUCCGCGGAAACAACUUGCUGCACAGAGUGCAUCCGGUAAGUUAUACUAUUUAAUUAUAAUGCAAACCUUGUUUUACUUGACAUUUGUCAAUUUUGCUUAAAACCAAGUUACCUACCGAGGUUCCUAGGUUAGAUAUUUAAAUUACCGUCACAUGUUGAGGAACAUCCUUUACAAAACGAAUGAAAAUAAUUUAGUGAAAUUACAAAAUUGAGUAUUUUUGCGGCUCAAACAUUUUCCUCGUAAAAGCAGGGUUAGUCUUCUCUGAUGAUAUCUUUUCAAGACGUAGUUGUCGGUUUGGCUAUCUACAGGUAUAAGCAA